AUGCUCGUCCGAACAACCUUCUCGAGGCAGAACUGCCGACUCGGCCGUUCUAUAUCUCGACUGUCCAACCUAUCCGAGCCGCGAUGCCGCAUGCCCGCCACCCAAGCGACGGCUCUGCCUGCGAGCAAGCGUCUCGUCGCCACUUGCUCUCCAUCACCGUCAUGGCGAAGAUCUCCAGCCAGUCCGCAGGCCUACGCCCCUGAGCGUGGGCUGGCCACAGUAGUGGGCGAUGCCAUGAGUGCCAAAGGCGCGACUGCCAGAUCCAUUUACGAACUCAGGGAUUUCGAUCCGGCCAUGACCACGAUCCUCCCAGAGCCCUUGCGUCCGCCCCCUGUGCAGAAAACGAAUAAGCAGGGCAUUCCGGGCGACUUUGAAACCGCCCUUCCGGUCUUCGACGCCUGUCUGCAUGUCGGAAAGCUGGAUAGGGCCGCAGCAGUCCUGGCGCGUGUCGAAACCCUGGGACAGGCUACCCCAGAGGUCUUGAUGGACAUGAACAACAGGUAUCUCGAGGCGUGUCUGAGUGAGCUCAAGGCCAACCCAGGGCUAGGCAAGGCUGAGGACUUGCAUGCCUGGUAUGAACUGCACAUCCACGGUGCUAAAUUGCCACAAACACCCGACACAGUCGCCUACAUGCUGAAAGCCUCUCUGUUGACCACCCCCACAACCGAAAAUUCGCAAGGCCCAUCGAGAUUGGAGAGACUAGUGAAGCGAUACAUGGAAAUGGUGACUCUAGAACAAGGUCUUAAUGUCCUUUACUGCAACGAGAUCUUGAAUGACGCCGACGUUGCCACCAUUACCAGAUUCUAUCCCGAGUACAACAUCAAAUUACAAUACAAGGCGGAAGAGUCCUCCGAUUUUGAAGAAGCCUUGCCCAACGCCACACUUGACUUUGGGGACUCAGUCGAAACCUCCGGGGACACAGGCUCCUUGCCCGAGGUACUCCCAACUCCCCAGAAAGGCAUGGGUCUCCAAUCGAUCAUGGCUACGCUUGAUAUCUUCCAGAAAAUGAAAGAUGGCUACGACAUUUCGACUCUUCCCUUACACGAGAGACGGGAGUUUCAAUCACGUCUGGAGCGCGACUGCAUAGAUGUGGCCGUGGUACGAUGGCGGGAAGAGCACGAAGCGCUGCGCCAGAGGGGUCUUGCCACGUCCAUGACGGCGCCAGGUCUGAAUCCUCAUAUUUGGUCAUGGCAUCAGAGCCUGAAAGCUCUCGUUCAGAAAGAGUUCGAUGCAAUCGCGGAGACAGAGAAGCUGGCCAAGAAGGGGUUACAGGAGUUGGACCGCUGCAUGUACGGUCCUGUCUUGUUGCAGACUACGCCCGACCGACUAGCUGCAGUCACCAUCAUGACCACGAUGAGCUCUCUCGCCUUCACAGGCGCCGACAGGGGUAUUUUGACAAGCAGCCUGCUGAACCACAUUGCGAAGAUGGUCGAAGAGGACAUCCAGUCCAAGUUGCGUACGGAUCAACAGCAAAAGGAGGCCCGGAAGGCUAAGGCACAUCGACUGCUGAUGAAGCAACUCCAGUCUAUGGGAGGCGCGGACGCCAACCAAGGUCCUAAGCCUGAAUUGACGCAGUUUGAAAAGUCAGCGGCGCCAACUCCCGAGAAGCCCCUUUCUGACACUGCUCCACCUAUUAUUGCCCCAUGGUCAGUGUCUAUGAGGGUGAAGAUCGGUGCAAUGUUGCUUUCGGCGCUUUCCGAAGUGCUCAAAAUACCAGUCAGCUGUGAGCAUCCCGAGACCAAGCAGAGGAUCACCGCACUACAGCCCGGACUGGUGCGCACUACUCAGUUCAGACGGGGCAGACGGCUAGGUACAAUCAUGCCACAUCCCCGAUUGACUGAGAUGCUGCGCGAGGAACCUCGAGGCGAUUUCCUGGCAAGGCAUCUGCCAAUGGUUGUUGAGCCGUUGCCCUGGACUGGUUUCGAAAAAGGUGCCUACCAGGAAUCCCCAGUACCUCUGGUCAGACUUAAGUCCGGCGAGAAAGACCAACGACUAUACGCAGAAGCUGCCAUCGCGCGUGGUGACAUGGAACAGGUUGCCAAAGGCUUGGAUGUUUUGGGAAGGACAGCAUGGCGGAUCAAUCGGCCUGUAUUGGCUGUGUUCCUUGAAGUGUGGAACUCGGGUGAAGCUGUCGCCGACAUUCCACCGUUGCACCCGCAGAUCGCUGUCCCUAAGGAGCCCGAGCCUUCCAGCGACUCACUCGUGCGGCGCAAUUGGAUCAAGGAAAUCAAGACUGGUCAAAAUCUCAAGCAGGCAUAUCACUCGGUUCGUUGUUUCAUGAACUUCCAGCUGGAAAUUGCAAGGGCAUACCGGGACCAAGAGUUUUUCUUCCCCCACAAUGUUGAUUUCCGGGGGAGGGCAUACCCUGUCCCGCCGUACUUGAACCACAUGGGUGCGGAUCAUGUCCGCGGCCUUCUUCGCUUUUCCAAAGGCAAAGAGCUCGGUGAACGAGGCCUGAUGUGGCUUAAAGUGCAUCUAUCAAACGUUUACGGUUACGACAAAGCCAGUCUGAAGGACAGGGAGUCUUUUGCCAUGGAGAACCUCAACAACAUCUUCGACUCUGCCCACAAUCCACUGAAGGGCAAGAGAUGGUGGCUUGAAGCGGAAGACCCUUGGCAGUGUCUCGCAGCUUGCAUGGAGCUCACUGCGGCGCUGGAGUCUCCAGACCCAACCAAGUUCAUUUCGCACCUUCCUGUUCAUCAGGAUGGAACCUGCAACGGCCUGCAGCAUUACGCUGCCCUUGGUGGUGACUCAUGGGGUGCUCGUCAAGUCAACUUGGUGCCAGGCGAUAAACCAGCUGACGUGUAUAGCGCCGUGGCCGACCUGGUCAUCAAGGAGCUCGACGAGGACAUGGCGCGCGGCAAUGAGAUGGCGGAGGCCUUGCAUGGGAAGAUCAAGCGCAAGGUUGUCAAACAGACCGUCAUGACCAACGUCUACGGUGUGACCUUCUCGGGAGCAAAGAAGCAGGUUUUGAAGCAGCUCGAUGCCCUCUACCCCGAGCUGAGCAAAGAAUCAGGCAUCGAUGCUGGGCUCCUUUCCAGUUACGUGACCACAAAGAUUUUCAAGGCGCUGUCCACGAUGUUCCGAGGGGCUCACGACAUCCAGUAUUGGCUGGGAGAAAUCGGGGGCCGGGUAUGCCGUGCUCUAACGGCUGAGCAGCUCAAAAUGAUCGAAGAACAAGGGAUCGAGCAGCCAACGACAGGUCAUGCCAAGAGCACGUCCGACACUAUCCUCUCAAUGAUGCGGUCAACAAUCAUCUGGACGACACCUCUUCGAAUGCCGAUUGUCCAGCCAUAUCGGAAAACCAGCAGCACGGUCAUCUCAACUUGCAUGCAAAGCCUUGUGCUCAACAAGCCGGAUCGAUUCGACCCUGUAAACCGUCGCAAGCAACUCCAAGCGUUCCCACCCAACUUUAUCCACUCCCUCGAUGCUAGUCACAUGAUCUUGUCUGCGCUGGAGUGUGAUGAACUAGGGCUCACAUUUGCGGCGGUGCACGACUCUUUCUGGACCCAUGCUGCCGACGUUGACACAAUGAAUCGCGUCCUUCGCGACGCAUUCAUCCGUAUCCAUAGUGAGGACGUGAUCAAGCGUUUAGCCUCGGAGUUUGAGGUCCGCUACCGGGGUGGCCUGUACAUGGCACAAGUCGAUGUGACGUCGGAUGUGGGCAAGGCCAUUCUAAAAUGGCGCAGAGACAACAAGGAUGUGUCAUCUACGCUGAGAAGCGAGCUACUCAUGGAGAAGAAAAGGCUCGACCUGCUGAAUUCCCCUCGCAAAGCGGAUAGGAAGAAGGGCAAGAAAAUGGUCACCCCGGGCCAAAUCUUCUCGAAAUUCGCCUCUGAGAAGGAGGUUGCCAGGGAGGAUAUGGGUGGCACAACGCUAGGAAACCUGUCCGCUAGUAACACCAAAGCGAAAGGCGCCACCAUGGGAAAUACCGAUGAAGGGGUUGAGGAGGCGGAUCUGGAUGGGGUGGAUGGUGAGACGGUGCCGGAGGCAGGGGCUGACGCAACUUCUGAGCCUGACUUCAAGAAGUUCUACACCACUGUGUCACACUUUGAGGAGAAGUUGACAGGGUCAAAGCCCCUAAAGCAGCAGGUGAAAAAGCUCACGCCAGUUUGGAGCCCGCUCUCAUUCCCCGACAUCCCCGCGAAGGGCGACUUUGAUGUCAAGAGCUUGAGAGACAGCGAGUACUUCUUUUCAUGA